UUUAAAUUUUUUUUUCCCAUUCUCACCCUCCCUCAUUCUUUCCCCCUCUCCGAUGAAUCGACUCCGGUGAAGACACCCCCCUCCCUACCCGAAAAGGACAACCUCGGAAUCCCGACUCAACUACACACACUACAACAACAACAACAACAAAAACACGCAGAGGGCGCAGUUAUUCGUGGACUGUCUUCCUGAUUUAAUUUGGCAAGUAAGUUUGCGGAUUUGAAGGCUGGAAUAUCACAAGCUCCAAACUGCCCACAAUGCGCUGUUUAGCGUUUACCGAAGGAAGGGUGUAAAUGGAUUUUGUCGAACAAGGGAGGAUGGCUCAUGGAAUUCCUUCGCAAGGGAAAAUCGCCGUCACGGUGGACGAGUACAGCUCGAAUCCGACCCAAGCCUUCACUCAUUACAACAUUAACCAGAGUCGCUUCCAGCCGCCACACGUGCAUAUGGUCGACCCCGUCCCGUACGACACUCCGAAGCCAGCGGGCCACACGCGGUUCGUCUGCGUCUCUGACACACACUCGCGAACGGACGGCAUUCAGAUGCCAUACGGGGACAUUCUGCUACACACGGGCGACUUCACAGAGCUCGGGCUCCCCACGGAGGUUAAGAAGUUCAACGAUUGGUUAGGAACCCUUCCCUAUGAAUAUAAAAUAGUCAUCGCUGGAAACCAUGAACUGACGUUUGAUAAGGACUUCAUUGCCGAGCUGGUGAAGCAGGAUUAUUACCGCUUCCCAUCCGUCUCCAAGUUGAAGCCCGAGGACUUUGACAAUGUCCAGUCUCUUCUCACCAACUGUGUUUACGUGCAAGACUCAGAAGUGACGGUGAAAGGGUUUCAGAUAUACGGCACUCCAUGGACCCCCUGGUUUAACGGCUGGGGUUUCAACCUGCCCCGAGGGCAAUCUCUACUCGACAAAUGGAAUCUAAUUCCAGAGGGUAUCGACGUUCUCAUGACGCACGGCCCACCUCUGGGUUUUCGAGACUGGGUUCCCAAGGAGCUACAGAGAGUGGGAUGCGUCGAGCUCUUGAACACGGUGCAGAGGCGAGUGCGGCCAAAACUCCACGCCUUUGGAGGAAUCCAUGAGGGUUACGGCAUCAUGACAGAUGGCUACACCACGUAUAUAAACGCCUCCACUUGUACAGUCAGUUUCCAGCCAAUAAACCCACCCAUUAUCUUCGACCUUCCGAAUCCUCCUGGAUCCUGAGCCAAGGUGGAGCGGCCAUGAACUGCCAUUUUGUUUUCUUUAAUGGAAAGUGUGACUUUAAGAAAUAAUAAUAAUUCUGUUAAAUGUUUUUACUUGUACAACCUGGUUAUAUAUUUUUUUUGUAAAAAUGCUGGUACAAAUCGUAGAGAUUGUGCUCGAUACAGAUUGGUUCUCUUGAGGUUAA